UUACAAUUUUCAAUAAAACUUAAUCUACCUAAUGUUUCCAAAUACAAAAAAUAUUAAUAGUUUCAAAUUAUAUGAACCCCGCAAAGAAAAAAUUUAAAAAAUCAUUGAAUCUAUAAUAGAAAAUGCUUCCAGAAUUGGUCUAGGCGAGUCAGAAAAGGACUAUAUUAACGCAACCCUCGAACUAUUUCUUAAAGCGAAAGGAUCUAAGAAGCUACAGUCAUGGUUUCGGAGGAGAACUGGAACAGCGACACCAUGUCCGACUCGGACAUGAUUGAUUCCAAGAACGAUGUGUGCGGAGGGGCCUCCAGUUCCAGCGGCAGCUCCAUAUCACCGCGGACGCCGCCCAACUGCGCUCGCUGCCGCAAUCACGGCUUGAAAAUAACCCUGAAGGGCCACAAGCGGUACUGCAAAUACCGCUACUGCACCUGCGAGAAGUGCAGGCUCACGGCGGACCGCCAAAGAGUGAUGGCUUUGCAGACGGCCCUGAGACGGGCCCAGGCCCAGGACGAGCAGCGGGCGCUCCACAUGCACGAGGUGCCGCCGGCUACACCGGGCACCUCCUCUCUGCUCAGCCACCACCACCACGCCGCCGCGCCCGCUCACGUCCACGCCCAUGCUCACAUGCAUGGCGCCCAUCACGCCGCCCACGGACACCACUCGCACCACGGGCACUUGCUGCACCACCAGCAAGCGGCAGUGGCAGCCGCAGCGGCGGCACCACCAUCCCACUCGGCCGCCACUGCAGCCAGCUUGCACGGCCACGCCCACUCCCAUCACGUCCACAUGGCCGCAGCGGCCGCGGCCUCAGUACAGCACCAACACCACCCCCACUCGCAUCACCCCCACCACCAGCAGCCGCCGCACCACCAACAUCCGCAGCAGCAGCAGGGCGCCCUGCGAUCGCCGCCACACAGCGACCACGGCCCAGCUACCAGCAGCUCCGGAGGGGCGGCAAGCUCCAGUAGCAGUACAGCUGCCACAUCCAGCAGCGGAUCCAGCAGUAACGGUGGAGGAGGAUCUGGCGGCUCUGGGGCCGGAUCUGGAGCAGGAACCAACGGAGUAGGACCCCGGGCUGGCAGCAGCGGGACCUCAGUGAUCACUAGCGCCGACCACCAUAUGACCACGGUUCCAACUCCCGCCCAGUCGCUGGAGGGCUCCUGCGACUCCUCGUCACCCUCACCGUCGUCCACUUCCGGCGCCGCCAUUUUGCCGAUCUCAGUCUCCGUCAACCGGAAGAAUGGUGCCAACGUGCCAUUAGGCCAAGACGUUUUCCUAGACUAUUGCCAAAAACUAUUAGAGAAAUUCCGCUAUCCGUGGGAGCUGAUGCCGCUCAUGUAUGUGAUAUUGAAGGAUGCUGACGCCAACAUUGAAGAGGCUUCCCGUCGAAUCGAAGAGGCACGCGUGGAAAUAAACCGCAUUGUAGCUCAAUUCUACUACAACUACUACACCCCGAUGGCUCUGGUCAACGGAGCCCCCAUGUACCUGACCUACCCGAGCAUUGAGCAGAGUCGCUACGGAGCGCACUUCACCCACCUGCCGCUCACCCAGAUACGACCGCCCACACCCGAGCCUCUGGCCCUUAGUCGUUCGCCCAACAGUCCCAACGGUGGGGUAGCGGCCCAUCCUCUCCAGAAACACGCCCAGUCCCUGCCCCAGGCGCACUCGCGUCCCGGCAGCAGCAACGGCACCGUGCACUCCGCCGCCUCGCCCACCAUGGUCACCACGAUGGCUACGACCUCAUCCACGUCCACGCCAACGCUCAGCCGUAGGCAGAGAUCACGCUCGGCCACGCCCACCACGCCACCACCACCUCCGCCGGCGCACAGCAGCAGCAAUGGGUCAUACCACCAUGGCCACCACUUGGUGAGCUCCACGGCCGCCACGUAGCAAUAUCGCAACGUUGCUGCCGCCGUGGCAGCAGCAGCAGCGGCAGCUGUCCUCUUUGUCGAUAACUGAGAAAUAUCUGGAAACUACUCUGAAACCCACAAUAAUGGAUGAUGGCCCCAAAAAUAACCGAAAGCAACAACUCAAAGUUUCGAAUUCCCGAAGAAAUGUUAUCUAAUAUCUAACUAGCCUUUUUCCAAUUCCAAGGAGAAGAAUAUAAUCUAGAGUCUAAAAUCUUACAUGUUUAUCCCCCAAAAACGUUUUCAAAUUGAUCUCAAACCGAAAGAAAAACUUUAAAAUAUCCAUAUAUCAUUUCAAAAAUUUGAACUAUACUGCAUGUUGAGACUAUGAUUAAUCAUUAUGUGUAUAUCUAUACUAUUAACUCGUGUAUUGUAUAUAAAUUAGUUAAAUUUAAAGUUUCUCUGCAAAAAUAAUCAAGAAUCUAAUAUAGACAUUGCACAAACUAAAAAUUUCUUCAGACUCAUAAUAGGCACACGUUUGAAUUAACGAUUCUAGUCCUAAGCUUGAGCACUUUUAUCAAAAAUUAUUAUUGUACAGCAACCGAUUUACGACGAAAAAAAUCUAAGAUCAGAACAAUUUAAUCAAGAUGGUUCAAUCAAUAUACAUAAAGGGUGUAAUCGAUUUGAGAUUAUCAGCUUCAAAACAUAAACUCUUUAUUAAUAUCCUAUAUAGAAAACAUACAUUAGAUUUUUGUGGGCUGUGCGCUGCCAUGUUAAGAAGCAUGCGGUACAUUAAUACUUCGUGAGGACUGAUCCGGCUGAUCUGAGAGUAGUGUAGCGUACUGUUCUAAUUUUAAGAUAUUCAUUUAUUAAUUAACGUCUUCUUUUGUACAGUUUGACAAAAACCAAAUAUGUUAUGCUAUUCAAAUUGUAGUGGAAUUUUGUUUGAAUCCGCUUCAACAGACAUCGCGAAAUAAUAUCGUUAAGAAAAUUAAACCGUAGUAGAACACACAUUUCACUAUAAAUGGAACUCAUUGUAAAACACUAAACAAUAUUAAUGGUAUACUAGUUAAUUUUAAUACAAUGCUUCGAAACCAAGAAAUAAAAACAAACAAAAAACAAUUAUAAAAUUAACUUGAAUAAACAUUUCGCUGUAAAUAAAUUGAAAUUCUUUUUCUUAUGGAAUGAUUG